AUGCCAUUUAAAAGAGAUGAUGAUCUGCAGGAGGUUCUACAGGAACAUAAGAUCAGUCUGAAGAGGAGAUGUGAACAUGUGACUGAAGAAAGUGAUGAAACAGGGAGCAAAACCAUCUUCAACAGGAUCUACACUGAUCUCUACAUCAUAGAGGGACAGAGUGAAGAGGUUAAUACCCAACAUGAGGUUCAGCAGAUGGAGAGGACUUCCAAGAUCCAGAACCUCCAUGGUUCUCCAAUCAGGUGCCAUGACAUCUUUAAAGCCUUAUCUGACCAACAUGGAGCCAUCAGAGUGGUUCUGACCAACGGCAUCGCUGGUGUUGGAAAAACCUUCUCAGUGCAGAAGUUCACUCUGGACUGGGCAGAGGGCUUGGAGAACCAAGAUGUUAGCUUGGUGGUUCUGCUUUCCUUCAGGGAGCUGAACCUGAUCAGAGAUCAGCAGCACAGUCUUCUCACGCUGCUCCAUGUUUUCCAUCCAACCCUGCAGAAGCUCCCAGCAGAGAUGCUGGCUGUCUGGAAGCUUCUCUUCAUCUUUGAUGGCCUGGAUGAAAGCAGACUUUCUCUGGACUUCAACAACAGUCUGAUUGUUUCUGAUGUCACACAGAAGUCAUCAGUCAACGUUCUGCUGAUGAACCUCAUCAAGGGGAACCUGCUUCCCUCUGCUCUCGUCUGGAUAACUUCCCGACCUGCAGCAGCCAAUCAGAUCCCUCCUUCCUAUGUUUCCAGGGUAACAGAAGUUCGAGGCUUCACUGAUGCUAAGAAGGAGGAGUACUUCAGAAGGAGGUUCAGUGAUGAAGAGGAGAAGGCCAGCAGGAUCAUCUCCCACAUCAAGUCCUCCAGGGGCCUCUUCGUCAUGUGUGGGAUCCCAGUGUUCUGCUGGAUCACUGCUACUGUUCUGGAGAACCUGUUGACCACAGAGCAGAGAGGAGAGCUGCCCAAGACCAUGACUGACAUGUACUCACACUUCCUGCUGGUCCAGACCAGGAGGAAGAAGAACAAGUACCAUGAAGGACAUGAGACGAGUCCACAGGAGCUGAUGGAGGCUGACAGGGAAGUUCUUCUGAAGCUGGGGAGGCUGGCCUUGGAACAUCUGGAGAAAGGAAACACCAUGUUUUACCAAGAAGACCUGGAGCAGUGUGAUCUGGAUGUCACAGAGGCCUUGGUAUACUCAGGCGUUUGUACAGAGAUCUUCAAAAGAGAGAGCGUGAUCUUCCAGACACCAGUCUACUGCUUUGUUCAUCUGAGCAUCCAGGAAUUUCUGGCUGCAGUCUACAUGCUCCACUGCUUCACUAGCAGGAACACAAAGCUGGUGGAGAGCUUCCUGGGAGGAGAAUACAAAGACACAUCUCUCGAGAACUUCAUGGAUAGAAUCAUGGAGAAAUCCCUUAGGAGUCUAAAUGGCCACCUAGACCUCUUUGCUCGCUUCCUUCAUGGUCUCUCUCUGGAGUCCAACCAGAGCCUCUUAGAAGGCCUACUGGGUCAGAUGGAGAACAGCCCAGAAACCAUCCAGAGAGUCAUCAAUAAUCUGAAGGAGAUGAACACUGAUGAUGAUGUCUCUCCUGAUAGAAACAUCAACAUCUUCCACUGUCUGAUUGAGAUGAAUGACCUCUCAGUUUAUCAGGAGAUCGAGCAGUUCCUGAAAUCAGGGAGCAGAUCAGACAAGAAGCUCUCAGAGAUCCAGUGCUCUGCUCUGGCCUACAUGCUGCAGAUGUCAGAGGAGGUACUGGGUGAGUUGGACCUGGAGAAGUACAACACCUCAGAGGGAGGACGACGUAGACUGGUUCCAGCUGUUAGGAACUGCAAAAAGGCUCGACUUUUUGGCUGUUCUCUCUAUGUAACUGAAUGUGAAGUUGUGGCCUCGGCUCUGAAGUCAAACCUUCACCUCAUUGAAGUGGAAAUACAGAAGAUCUAUGCAGAUAGAUCCUUUGGAGACCUUGAAAUGAAGUGCCUGUGUCAGAUAAUGGAGAGUUCAAUAUGCAAAGUGAAGAAACUGAGAUUGAUUAACUGCAGUUUGUCAGAGAUCAGCUUGGCUUCUCUGGGCAAAGCUCUUAAGUCUAAUCCAUCCCAUCUGACAGAACUAACUCUGAAUGGGAUCGUUCUGAACACUGGAAUGAAGGAUCUCUGUGGGUUUCUCCAGUCUACCGACUGCAAACUAAAGACAUUAAGGUAA